GUCGUCAGUUCCGUAAAGCGUUCCUCCUGGUUUCACUGAAAAACGGAGGCUAGAGGAUUAUUUACGAGGCGUCCCAAGACAAACGCAGCGACAACGAGACUUCACUUUGCUAUGCCAUAAAAAAAUAUUCUGAAACAAGAGCGCUGCGUUGUUUCCCUCGGGCAGUUUUUUCCCUCCUUGGGCUGACAAAAGGCACACCAGUCUCCUCUAAGCCGCGCAUGAACUGGGAUGCACUGGCGUUAGCUUGUUAUUAGCUUGCUCGUUAGCUUCCCGAACAGCUCCGGACCAAGCACACAAAAUAGUGCAUUAUGACAGACAGCAUUAUGAGCAAAGCUGCCACAAUGGAGAUUCCUAUCAACAGUAACGGUGACACAGGGACACUACCAGAGGACGACAGCCUUGAACAGGCUGCAAAGCUGCAAUGGAGCUUAGAUGAGAAGGUAGGGAGCUCCAGAGGCAUCAGGGACCUACAGCAGGUGAUGGUAUCGGGUCCCAAUCUAAAUGAGACUAGCAUUGUAUCAGGGGGGUAUGGAGGAACAGCAGAGGGUAUCAUCCCCACCAGCUCAAUCAAAGACCUGCGUAUGAAGUCCAGGCGAAGUAGCUUUCCCCCAGGCAGUACUGUCACCUGCCAUGUAGCAAGCCACUCACAUGAAUACCAAGGUUCCAACAUGCACCACAGCAGCAGCAGCUCGUCAGUGACGGCAGAAGAAAUAACUCGGGGUGUGGCUGUGGAAAAACUAGAAACAGUGAAGAAGUGGGGUCUCAACACUUACAAGUGUACGAAGCAAAUGAUCUCAGAGCGUUUUGGUCGGGGUUCCCGGACUGUGGACCUGGAGCUGGAGGCCCAGAUCGAAGUGCUGAGAGACACUAAAAGGAAAUAUGAGAAUGUGCUGCGACUGGCCAGAGCACUGACCAACCACUUCUACAACAUGGUGCAGACCCAGCAUGCACUGGGUGACACCUUUGCUGACCUCAGUCAGAAAUCUCCUGAGCUACGGGAUGAGUUUGGCUACAAUGCAGAGACUCAGAAGUUGCUGUGUAAGAAUGGGGAGACUCUUCUUGGUGCCAUUAACUUCUUUGUGUCCAGCAUCAACACACUAGUCAACAAGACCAUGGAGGACACUUUGAUGACGAUCAAGAUGUAUGAAAAUGCCAGACUGGAGUUUGAUGCCUACCGGUCAGACCUGGAGGAACUGAGUAUGGGUCCGAGAGAUGCUGUAGCCAUGGCCCGUAUAGAUGCUGCUCAGCAGCAGUACCAAGUACAUAAGGAGAAGUAUGAGCGCCUCCGUUCAGACGUCACCAUUAAACUCAAGUUUCUGGAGGAGAAUAAGGUGAAGGUGAUGCAUAAGCAGCUCCUGCUGUUUCAUAAUGCCAUCUCAGCGUACUUUGCUGGCAACCAGCAACAGCUGGAGCAAACGCUGAAGCAGUUCAACAUAAAGCUGAGGCCUCCCGGGGCCGACAAGCCCUCCUGGUUAGAGGAGCAAUGAGAGGGCCUGCUGGACCUCCUACAGCCUCCUUCUUUAACCACCUCCACCUGUUACCUGUUGAAACCCCUAACUUACAGAGGACCACUACAGAGGGAAGAGCAUACAGAUAAUUGGGUGGAUGAAGAAAUGAGAUGAGCGUGUGGCUGGAUGAUUGCACAGAUGGAGGAGGAUUCGACAGAUGAAUUGCAGGGUAUUAUUCAUGAAUGGGCUGAAUGCAGCAGGAAACUACAUGGCUAGUUUCAUGAACAGUCAGGGGGCUAUUAGUGCCUCUUUCCCCAACUUCCUUUUUUUUCCACUCUGACCUUCUCCUCGUGCUUUGUUCCCAGAGAAACUCUCCAUCUCUCCCUUCCCUCUCUGCCAUUUAACUCAGCCCUCCCCUCUAUCUCAACACUAUUUUGCUGUGUGCGCUUGUGCUCGUCAUUUUUAUGGCCAUUAUUGUACUCCUCAAGUGCUCCCAGUGUUCUGAGUUAAACUUCAGCCCCACACCAUCUUAGAAACGGAGACAGACGAGUAAAGGAAAAAUGGUUAAAACACAUUCAGAUGUAACCAAACUAUACAUCAGUCCAAACCUUAUCACUCUCCCAGUGUGCCUCCUUAUAAAUGAGCUAAUGUGCUGAGUUCAGAAAAAUAAUUCAAACUACACAUGGACGAUGAUUUGUGUGGUACACUGGAAAAAAAAAAAACGUGCAGACGUUUCAAAUCAAUGUGCAUUUCAAAUUAAGUACUGUUUCACUUUUGAAAUAAAUAUUAUAUGAUUGUUUGUAGCUUAUAAAAAAAGACAAUGGUGUGUUUAGUGUUGGGUUAAUUUGACUAUCAUAUUUUUUUUUUCUAAUUAUUUCAGUUCUAGUCAGCUGUAUGUCUUGUGCUUCAGAGUGAAGGACAGUGUACUGUUUGGACAGUGUGUGCGGGUGUUUAGGCUGCACGUACUGCAGGGUUUAGCCUGUAGUUGUCAGGAAUACUGUAGGUUUCAACUGUAACCGGAAAAUUUUUCCACUUCAACUCAUAUAUGCAACAGUUAUUUAAAGAACACUGCCACAGCUUCCCAAAGUUAUACUGGUUUGGGUCUUUACUAACUGUAUUUUAUUUACCCAAAGAGAACUGAAAGAGUUGUGUGUUGGAUGACGGGCCUCACUACGUUUUCAUGGGUUAUUUAAACAACAUCGAUCGAUUCAGUCUCACUGUGGACUGAGGAGACUUUGAGGGACAGUUGACCUUUGUAAGAUGGGUCUGACAGUCUGUUAAGAUCCAACAAACGUAAAUGGAUUCACUCCAUUACUUAACUGUCUAACAGUCUUGUUGCAUCCUGUUUUCACACUGAUACAUGAUACAUGGAAACGUGUUUCCAGGUCAUACCAUAUCAUCUAUGGUCAUAUCAUUCAGCCCUCUUAUUAUAUAGCAGCAUAUAUUUGUCUAUGGUUACCUUUCUUCACACUGAAGAUUACUGUAGCUGUCUAAUAUUACUAAUUCUAACAUUACAACAUAAAAUCUUCUAAUUUAGUAGUUGUUGAUUGGAAUAGCACUAAUGAUUCAUCUUUUGAUUUAUCUCCCGUAACUGAAACAUUGUCUUAGUAUAACAGUAGUAAACAAUCAUGAAUUGUUGACAAUUAAGGGAGAGGGUGUUGCCACGAAAUAUUGGCAUGGUACUACAAAUGUAAUGUUGAAUUUUUAUGCCUCACUGUAUUUAUUAUGUUCAUCGUAUGUGUUAAUCUGUUGGAAUCAACAUAUUGUACACUGGAGCUUCUGGUUGGGGCAAAUUGCUCAAUUUAUGAGUACGAAGUUUAAGGCAUAGUGUAGACACUAACAUGAAAAACACGCCUCGGGCUAACCAAAUCUGUCACUCAUGUAUUCCAAAAAGAAAAAAAAUUCUAAAGUAAUUAAUAGAAAGUUAUUUAAUUUCUUAGUGCCAUGCCUCUGUGAAGUCAAAUAAAGAAAAUCCAGUAUAAUGAAUGUUUUUACCAUGCUGCAUUUAACUCUAGAAACAGAAGGGAGAGCUCUAUGAAAUCUCCAUCAGUUAAUAUGUUAGUCCUCCACAGUUUCUUGUCUCCUCUGUAUUUGCAUGGCAAACAGCAAUCCAAAGUAUAGGUGCAGAUAUGUGUGAAUGCACUGAUGCUCUACUCUUGGCCUUUUGCGUGCCAGCUUGCAUGGAGUGGCAUAACGCCAUGCUUCCGGGUUUACUUUUUAAGCCACACUCGUAAGGACAGUUAUGUAAGGGAGUGGAUUUGAUUUUUGAUGAAAAGCAAGUGUCACAAAUGGAUUCUAAGAUUUUUUUUUUUUUUUUUUUUUUUUUUUUGGUGGCUUGUGUUUUCUGAAUUCUUAUGCGUCUGUUUGUCAGCUGAGUGUAUUUUAUCCUGACUGAAAAAAAAAAAAAAAAAUCACUCAGUAAGACCUUGGCCUCAC